AUCUAACCGAAUAUUGCAUCGCAUUGCAUUGUGAUUCGUGAACCUUAUUAUAAACCUGUCUCUCUCAUUGAAUCAUUCACACCUCAACCUAUUAAAGAAUCGAAUCCAUCGUCAACACAUCUUCUUUCUGUCCAAAACAACUUUCAGAAAUCCAUUGACCUUUCCAACUUUUCAAUCAACUGCCAUCAAGUUCUCUUCUCUACCUUUCGAAUAUCAUCACUCUACUUGACCUUGUACCCUUCUCAUUAAAUACCUUCAAUCAUUCAUCAGUAAGUUUAUCUGAAAUCGCUUUGUUAUACCCCGCCUUAUGCGUAGCACUUGUCCUUGCAACCAAACUAUCAAGUGCUCGAUGAAAGUUUAUCUAUUCGAUAAACUCUGGUACUUGUAUGAACACAUACUGAUAUUUGAUGAUAUGCAGUGGGUAAAUCACACAAGUACAAUGAUCGCGACCAUGCCGGCCUCGCCGAUGGUACCGCUCUUCCACAAGAGCAUUUGCCUCGUUACUUUGCAAAGUCCGGUCAUGUUGAUAUGGAUCCAAAGAAAGCCAAGAAGAAUGGUGCUGGCAAGGGCGGAUGGUGUGUACUCCUUUAGUCUUCGCCUUACCGCUUGUGCACUUCCUCUUUAUUGACUUCUUCGACUAACAUAUGCAAAACAGGGGUGUAGAAGGUGAAGAAGUCCAAGAUGAGGGCUUCAAUAUGGCCAAUGCUCGUCGUCGCUCCAACAGCAGUUCUUAUACUGCCGGUCUCAAAGACUUCAAGACUAAAUUCGAACAAAUCGAAACCGAACCAGUUUUCGAGGAGAACAUCCAUGGUGCUUUGAUGGAGGAACUUCCAGAGACUACUCGUUCCAACACAAACAGUUCGGAGGCUAGCAGUGUUGAUGAGGAUGUCAAGACCAAGUAAAAUUUGGAUCUUGAUGAGGUGGAUUAUGGCAUAAGUUACUACAUGAAUGUCAUCUGUAUGAGGACUGAUGUUCAUCUGCCGGCGGAUCGAUACAAUUGCAAUCUUCCCUCUUAUGGACGGGUACAUGGAUUGGGGGGAAUGAACGGAACGAAACGAAACGAAAUGAAAUGAAAUGAAAAUACACUUUGACCUGGCACCGAUUUAUAAGUCCAGAUGUAUCAUCAGAGCUUCUCUUUAGCUAUUUGUUAUCAAAGGCAUAGAAGGAAUUGCCCAGAUAAUCUCGUGUUUCUGAUUUAUGUGAUCGUUUAUGUUGAUGUUACAAGUACAAUAAUCCACUUAAUCAAGAGCUA